CUGCCCGAUGAUUUUCGAUCAUUGGUCGAAAGCUUAUCACUGCCUAAAAGCUUGCUCAAAAGCUUGCUUUGGUCACUCCGAUAGUCUUAUCAGUACCACCGGUAUCCAAUCAUGCAUGUUACAGAUUGCAUCAGCAUGCCCUGGGCUCCGGGGUAAGCCCUACGCUGUACCUCACCCGAGUCGGAGAGGCCGGUCACUCCCCUCCCCUUCACUCCCCUUCACUCCCCUUCACUCCCCUUCACUUCGCACUCCUCUCUUCUCACUGGAAAAUCAUUUUCAUUCUCCCUAUCAAUUCCAUGGAUCGACCCCAGGUUUUCCCUAUGCCCAUCGCGGACACCACCCCGCAAACGACUCUGCAUAAUCCAGAGAAGAGCCAAGACGUCUCCCAAGCACGCUCUGACACCCUGUCGGAACAGGAACAGGAAGGGGAGGAGGAGGAGGCGGGCACUUACGCACAAGGUCUGCCAUUGCUCCUGAUCUAUUUGUCUCUCUGCCUCUGUGUGAUUCUGGUCGGAUUGGAUGCAACCAUUUUGACCACCGCCAUUCCCAGCAUCACCGACGAGUUUGGUUCCGUGCAAGAUGUCGGCUGGUAUGAUGCUGCCUUUCGGCUCACGUCGUGCAUGUCACAGCUCUCGCAGGGCAAGCUGUACGAUAACUACUCCCUCAAAUGGGUCUUCCUUCUCAACAUGAUACUCUUCGAGGCCGGCAUUCUGGUUUCCGGCCUGGCUCCCAGCUCGCUGGUGUUUAUCGUCGGACGAGCCAUCACGGGUCUCGGCUUUUCGGGCAUCAGCCAAGGUUGUAUGGUCAUCGUGGCCAUGUCCACUCCUUUGCGGAAACGGGCCACCUUCCUCGGCCUGAUCAGCGCCAGCGAGUACACCGCAAUGGCCGCGGCGCCCAUCAUCGGGGGCGCAUUGACCUCCACUCUCUCCUGGCGGUGGUGUUUCUACAUCAAUCUCCCGGCGGCUGCGGCCCCGGCCGCCAUGAUUCUGCUGCUGAAGCUCCCCCAGAUGCCCUCGGGCAGUCGGAAAUCGCAGGUCGAGCGCUUGCGAGAGCUGGAUCUCCUGGGGUGUUUCUUCUUUGCCCCCGCCGUCCUUUGUCUCCUCCUCGCCUUGCAAUGGGGCGGAGAGACGUACAGCUGGGACAAUUCGCGCAUCAUUGCGCUCCUCGUGCUCGCUCCUAUCGUCUUCGCGGUUUUCUGCUUUAUUCAACACUGGAAGCAGGAUAGCGCGAUGCUGCCUCCACGAAUCAUCAAGAAACGCGUCAUCCUCGCGGGGGCGCUCUUCAGUCUCUCGCUCUCGGCGUGUCGCGCGAUCGUGCAAUACUAUCUGGCGAUAUGGUUCCAGACCGUUCGGGGGGCCACUGCCUUGCAGUCGGGCAUCUACACCUUGCCCCUGGUGAUCGCCAUUCUCGUGUCGGCGAUGGUGGCGGGUCGCUUCAUGUCGGCGACCGGGAUCUAUACCCCGAUCAUGAUCCCGGCCGGCCUGCUGGUCGUGGCUGGGAUCGCCAUGAUGACGCGCUUCUCGACGACCACCCCCAAGGGGCUGUGGAUCCCUUCGUUGAUUCUGUUGGGGAUCGGAUCGGGCAGUAGCGUGUCCAUCCCCUUCAUCGCGGCGCAGGCGGUGUUGAGCCUCGGUGAUCUCUCCGCCGGCAUGGCCUUGAUGACCUUCUCCCAAGAUCUGGGCGAGGCCGUCUUCAUCAGCAUUGCGCAGGCGGUUUUUCUCAACCGCCUCAGCAGCUCCCUGCAGGUCACAGCGCCCGACCUCGACCCGGAAAGCGUGAUCCAUCUGGGCGCAACUAAUCUGCAGGGGAAGAUCCCUUCGCAAGACGUCGCAGCCGUGGCCUUCUCAUAUAACCUGGCCGUGCGCUCGACCUUCUAUUUGGCAGUCGCUUUGGCUGGGCUGCUGGUCAUUACCGCCAUACCCCUUCAAAAAACGACGCUAAUGGGCGGAAGAAGGUCCAGUAGUUAGCUCUACCUCCUUGGCUAUGGCUGAACAAAGUUGAAGGGGGGUAUGUAUGGUUUGCUUUCCUCUCAGACAGACACCUAUGGAUUGAAGUGCUGGGCAAUGAAGAACUUCAGCAGCAAGUGUCCUGUCGCGGCGGGGGAGUGAUUCUCAGGACAUAAGGGCUGCUACACUGUGGCUGCGAAGGGAAUCCCAUGGCUUUCAAAUGUUCAAACUCUAAAGCUUCGGAGUAGAUACUACUGUAGUAGAAAUCAUAGCACUGCAAAGGCAC